UGGAAAAUCUCAUUAUUUUCCGGCGAAGAUUCUUUCCGAUUAGGGUUUCUUCUACAAAUACUGAGAUAAAUCUCGUGAUUUUGUUACAAUUUCUGUGGAUGAUUGUUUAAAAUUAUGGCGAAAACUGGAGAUUCAAGCUUUCCUAGGGAUUUGUUGCAGAGAUUUACGUGCGGAGGCCAUCGUUUACCGGUGAAACCAAAAGAGGAAGCUCAUGGACGGCCGGAGAAGGUAGAGCUGAGUUUAGGUUUAUCAUUAAACGGUAGAUUUGGGAUGGAGUCACAAAAAUUGGUGGUUAAUGAUGAUAAGAACGAUAACAAGCUAUUUCGUGCUUCAUCUGUGACCGAUUUCGUUAAUAUUCCGGUGGAUGUGGAGUUGUCGUUGUAUUCUCCGUUGACGAGGACGUGUUCUCUUCCGCCGGAGACGGAGGCGGAGUGGAGGAAGAGGAAGGAGUUGCAGUCGUUCCGGCGGUCGGAGGCGAAGCGGAAACGAGUGGAAAAGCUAAAGAAUGUGAGAGUGGUUAAUCGGAGGAAUUUGGUGAAUGGAAUUGAAUCGAUGGGGAGGGGAUUGAAACAAUCGCCGCCAUCACCGGCGCCGAUUUUGUCACAGGUUUCAAUUGGGUCUCAGGGAAGUGGUGGCUCUUCUGGGGUCUCCGAUUUGGAUAGUCAACCUUUUCAAGUUACGAACAAAGACGCAAGCGAAACGCAUGAACAAUCGAAGCCGAAGACCCAACUCAAGGCACAUUACAUAGACCAUCACAUGAUGCCCUGUGUUUCCACGAAAGGAGAUGGUCCCGACGGCAAGAAGAUCCAGGGGUUUUUGUACAGAUACGGAAAAGGAGAAAAUGUUAGGAUAGUAUGCGUUUGUCAUGGUAGCUUUCUAACUCCAGCAGAGUUUGUCAAACACGGUGGUGGAGGCGAAGUCGAGCAUCCGCUAAGACAUAUCAUCGUUGACUCGUCUUCUGUUAGCUGAUAUCCGAGAAUCCUUUAUUUCGGUUUUUUUUUCUUCAUUUGUGAAUUUAGCAGUGGCAUGAAAUGUCAUUGCAAAGUGUAAAAACAGUUUAGAGGACGGUUUUAUGUUUGAAAAACAAACGUUAUCAGAAAGUAGAGAUGCCUAAAAAA